ACGCAGGUAAACAUUGUAUGGGUUCUCAUAGCGGUCACAAUGUUCCUCGAGUCCCAGAACUUGGACAAGCCGCUGUUCCCAGUUAUCCGCGCCUUCUGGUUAUGUUACGCAGGCGGGCUAUUUGUACAGUUGGACUUUAUCUUGUUCGAUAUGAACGGCGGAAGCUGGCCAACAGAGAACGGUUUCUACCUCCUCCUCGAGCUUAUGACACUUACGUGGCACUUUGUUGGGGAACUUUUGGUCGUGGGCGUGGUGAGCUUCGUGGCGCUGGUGCUGGUCAAGAGGAUGGAGCCAGCCCAAGUCAAGGCGCAGCUCGACAUCAGCCUGGGCUGCAGCUCCGGUGGUCAAUUUACUGACGAAAAAUCAGGCGAAGUCCGGUACUGCCUGUUGAAAAAUUGCGAUGAUGUUUGAAUGUUAUUGUUUCUUCAUCUAACCAGUAUAUGUCUAGAUAUAACCCACUAGCUAGGCUUCCGACAAUGAAAUAACGUGGAUUGAAAGUUGUUAAUACGAAGUAAACGCCUUAUCAGCGUUGUUUUACCGUAAUUUGCCUGCACGGAAGAUAUUCAUGCAUAAUAUAUAAUAUAUCUACGGGUAUGUGUUAUAUAUGU